GGAGACUUCGGCCUUAGGAGUCACAGGCGGUCGUGUCCGUGAGACAAGGAGACUGGCUCUGGAACCAUUUCAACAGGGACACCCAGGAGAGCACGUACAACUCAAGUCAAAGCACAGACGAGCGAGCGGCUCGUAACCAAGACUUGGGGCUGAUCCCCGAGACUUCCAAAGCUACUUUCCCGAUCCCCACUUAUACCCCAUCGGUCCACCCUCUCUGGAAAAGGAAUGAAGAGAUAAUAUUUCCUCAAGAGCCGGUGCAUUUAAAAGUCUUACUCCAGAAAGCUCCUGCAUACAUAGCUGAUACGCCACCUACUGCAAAGCUGAGCUGACAGAGCAGGCGGUGCUGCCAGCAUUUCCAUUCCACCACCAGGCUGGAGCUGAAUAAAGGCGUGUUUGUGUGGCAGGGUUUCUUUUCUAAAAAUCUCAAGGCCAAGAAGAACAAGCUGAAAUAGCAUCUGCAGAAAUGGAGCGUAAAAUAAACAGGAGAGAAAAAGAAAAGGAAUAUGAAGGGAAGCACAAUAGCCUGGACGAUGCUGACCAGGGAAAGAGCUGCAAAUCCCCACUGAUGACCCUCAACGUGGGAGGCUAUCUGUACCUUACUCAGAAGCAGACCCUGACCAAGUACCCAGACACUUUCCUUGAAGGGAUAGUCAAUGGGAAAAUCCUCUGCCCGUCUGAUGCUGAUGGUCAUUAUUUCAUAGACAGGGAUGGGCUCCUGUUCAGGCAUGUCCUAAACUUCCUACGAAAUGGAGAACUUCUGCUGCCCGAAGGGUUUUGAGAAAAUCAACUUCUCGCACAAGAAGCAGAAUUCUUCCAGCUCAAGGGACUGGCGGAGGAAGUGAAAUCCAGGUGGGAGAAAGAACAGCUAACACCCAGGGAGACCACUUUCUUGGAAAUAACAGAUAACCACGAUCGCUCGCAAGGACUGAGAAUCUUCUGUAAUGCUCCGGAUUUCAUAUCAAAAAUCAAAUCGCGCAUUGUCCUGGUAUCCAAAAGCAGGCUGGAUGGAUUUCCGGAGGAGUUUUCCAUAUCGUCAAAUAUCAUUCAAUUUAAAUACUUCAUAAAGUCUGAAAAUGGCACUCGACUGGUACUAAAGGAAGACAACACCUUUGUCUGCACCUUGGAAACUCUUAAGUUUGAGGCUAUCAUGAUGGCAUUAAAGUGUGGUUUUCGGCUGCUGACCAGCCUGGACUGCUCCAAAGGGUCAAUUGUUCACAGCGAUGCCCUUCAUUUUAUCAAGUGAUUACCUGGGUCACAAACAAAGACGGGAGCACGCAGCCAGCAAGCUUCGGGAAAGCACAGCAUCAAAGGCAUCCCAAGUAACUGCCCAGCCAGCUCUGUACUCAGAGCCCUGCUGCUGCUCAAUUACUGUGAGCUGACGGUAUGUAAAUUCUAUUGCUCAAGGUGUCCUUCUCCAGGGUUUCCUGCUGAUCGGACUCUUAUGCUCAAAAGGAAAACAGUGAUCUUCUAUUUACUGUAAAUAAAGACUGAAUGCUUUUGCUAUUUGUUUAUUUUUCCUUAAGCUGUCUUUCAAUAAGAAUGUCUUGGGGACUUCCAAAAUAAACAAGCAUGUACAUUACCUUUCAUGUUCAGUAAAUGGUAAUAAAAUAUUUUAAGGGGUUAUAAGAUUUAAAAUCCUUUCUACCUAUGGCAAAAAUCUACAAAGAAACUGAACUGGUAAAAUUAACCAUUGAGAGCUGAACAGAUGUGCAGAUCUACUAUAACAGAGCACAGUGAAACCAAAUGAGACUGUAAGAAGGUAUUAAAGCUAUUGAUGUAAUUUUUAAUGGUAGGCACCAAAAGCUUAUUCAUAGUUUCUGUAACCGCAUACUAGAAUUAUAACUGAAUUGAUAUACUGCUGAACAUUCCUAGAAAACUGCCUGAUGAAAAUAAAAAAAUAAAAAUAAAA